AUGGCGACCGAGAAGGUGGCCAAGCGACAGAAGGUCGCUCAUGGAUCUCCUCGCUCAGCCUCUCCAUCGAGCGCAUCCUCCUCGUCUUCGAGUGGCUCAGACAAUGAAGAGGUCGCUGUCCAAGGUGAGGAGGUCACCAAGACCUUCAAGGAUCUGGGCGUUGUCGACACCCUCGCCGAAGCAUGCGCUGCCUUGAAAUACGAGCGUCCCACCCAAAUCCAAGCCGAGGCGAUCCCCGUAGCCCUCCAGGGCAGAGACAUAGUCGGCCUUGCGGAGACAGGCUCGGGCAAGACCGCUGCAUUCGCACUGCCCAUCUUGCAGACGCUCCUCGACAAACCGCAACCUCUAUAUUCCCUUGUUCUCGCCCCUACGCGCGAAUUGGCCUUUCAGAUCGGCAAGACGUUCGAGGCUUUGGGCGCAGUCAUAUCUUUACGAGUGUGUACUAUCGUGGGAGGCAUGGAGUUUACACCGCAGCAGAUUGCACUAGGGAAGAAGCCACACAUAAUAGUUGCCACUCCUGGCCGAAUUCUGGAUCACAUGGAGCGGACCAAGGGCUUCAGUCUGCGCGCCCUGAAGUACCUCGUGCUGGACGAAGCUGACAGGCUGCUGGAGCUCGAAUUUGGUCCGGUCAUCGAGAAAAUUCUCAAGUUCUUGCCCCGCGAGCGUAAUACCUUCCUCUUCAGUGCGACCAUGAGCUCAAAAGUCGAGAGUCUACAGCGUGCAUCCCUUCGCGAGCCUGUACGGAUCAGUGUCAAAGACACUAAGUAUCAGACGGUCAAGACCCUGAUUCAGAACUAUAUCUUUAUUCCUCAUAUCCACAAGGACACUUACCUCGUCUAUCUUCUGGCGAACGAGUUCACGGGACAAUCAGCCGUCAUCUUCACACGAACUGUCAACGAGACGCAACGACUUGCCAUCCUUCUUCGUACACUAGGGCUUGGGGCCAUCCCGCUGCAUGGGCAGCUGAGUCAGUCGAACCGACUUGGUGCCCUGAACAAAUUCAAGGCGGGCAACCGCAACAUUCUUGUGGCGACAGAUGUUGCGGCACGUGGUCUGGAUAUUCCAAAUGUCGAUCUCGUGGUAAACUACGACCUCCCCGGUGACAGCAAGACGUAUGUUCACAGAGUCGGGCGAACGGCGCGUGCGGGCAAGAGCGGCCACGCCCUCAGUAUUGUGACACAGUAUGACGUUGAAGUGUUCAAGAGGAUCGAAGCGGCUCUUGGUGAACAGCAGAGCGAGUAUCCUACUGAAAAGGAUGAAGUGUUUGUCUUCAAGGUCCGCGUCGAGGAAGCACAACGGCAUGCGAGAAACGAGAUGAAGAACCUCCACGCAGAUCGAGACAGUGGAAAGAAGGGCGCUGUGUUGAAGGGACGGCACUGGCCAGGUCAAAGUGGAAAAGGUGGGAAGAGGCGCCGUGACGAUAUGGAUGCUGAAGAGGGUUGA